CCCCCACGUAAACAAGGAGUCGAAUCCGAUAUCACCCCAGAGAAUCAAGAAUACACUCGGAAUACCGACCUUCCAAUCAUUUUCAAGCGGUAAAGAGGGUGUUCGCAUCAUCCAGGCUUGCUCCGAGCCGCAACUCUUUGCGGUGCUCGGCUGAACCAACAAAGCUUCAUGCCCCUGUCGCGCAAACAUGCCCGGAACCCGCUUUCGCAACCGCCUCAAGAAUAUCGGGACUAGGACUGACCAUUUUGUACGAAAAGCAGUUUGGUACACGUGCAAAUGUCUCCUUUGGACAGUCUGCUCACCCUGUGUUUGUUGCAUUGUACUGGUAAUGCCUAACCAGAGUAGACGAAGUUUCGGAGUAUCUGCCGAGGCUCCAAAGCCCAUGGUUCCUUGCCCUCGCAGACGCGCUCUCAGUGUUACAUCGACAAGCUUACAGCAACAUCAAAAUACGUUUUCGCAAUUUCGAUCCGCCUUUAUGACCAAACUUCCCUUGGAGAUAAGGCGAAUUAUCUAUGAAAAAGCACUUGGCGAGGUGCCAAUACAUCUUUCACUUGUCGAUGGGCAGUUGAAGGCCCGACGGUGCUCUAUUCAAGAUUGUGCCUGUUACCUUCAGCCUCUUUCAACUAAACACAAACUUCACAUUGUACUUCCGUUGUUGAGGACAUGUCGCCGCAUUUACUCAGAGGCCGUCGAAUAUCUCUACAGUUCCAACAAAUUCUUCAUUUCUACAGACGUGGAAGACUACCCUACUACGGGUUACCUGCCAUAUUUCAUCCUACCCCAACGGAUGAAUCAAAUCACCAACCUCCGCAUCGACUGGGACCUCGAUCGCCACGGUUUCUUUCAAGCCGAUCUCAUGCCUCAAGUGCAUCGAGACGAGUGGUACAGAACGUGGGAUGUGCUGGGUAGGAUGAGCGGUCUCCGGACGUUGCACAUACGACUCUUCUUCUUUCUGGAUCUCUGGCUGCAAUGCUACGGCGACUUUUGGGAACAGAACGGAAAAGAACUCCUCGAACCUAUCACGACCAUGACUGCACCAAAAGACUUUGUUGUCACUCUUCCAGAUUGGAGAUGUUCUACAGAUCUUGAUGUUGGGAAGUCCAGAUGCGUCUUCCAGCUGCCAGAACGGACUGAGGACAGCGCACCAUAAACCGGCAGUCUCAGACAUGGAAUUCAUGCAUCCUCACGUGACAUCGCCUUUGGAGAUGAAUAGACGGUCAAGUGGAGGCGGCCGCUUAGGCUGAAGGGACGGAUGUUUGACUUAUUGCUUUAAGGCCUUCUACCAUGUAUGAAGAGAAUUGACAACUUUAGUAUAGGGGCUCAAGCAGACAUGCAGUGUCCCACGGCUUUUGUCUAAACAGGCAUCAAGUUGAAUACUACCGUUGGCAACGUACUGCAAGACCGUGGCUCAUAGAGACCGGCACCGCUGUCCACCUUCCAUUUGUAUCCACUUUGCCAGCCACCAGAUGCUGCCGGCCCGCCGAAAGGCCGAUGGAUUCCCGCCACACCGGA